UGAGAAAAGAGAGAAAAACCCUCGAAAAACCCUGCAACCGCAACCAAGAAGCCAUGGCAAAAGCUCCGUUGUUCAAACUCUCUCUCAUCAUUCGAACUUCCCUUUCUUCUAUAAACUCAAAGCAAAACCCUUUCCCGGUCUUUACCCGACGAGCAUCACAUACUUUCAGGACUUUCAGCUCCUACUCCAAUACUAAUCUGAUAAAGACGCAGAAUGCUGAGGUUUCCAAUCAAUCGGAGGAUAAUGAUCGGAAGAAGACCCAAAAUGUUGAGAUUUCGAAUCAAACGGAGGCCGACGAUGACGUUGAGAAAGAAGAGUUGAAGACACGAAUAAACAAGUUCUAUGAAGGCGAUAUGGAUGCAAUUCCAUCAAUAUUUGAGGCUAUAUUGAAGAGAAAGUUAACUGGAAAGCACGAAGACUCGGAUAAUGAAUUGGUGGAGGAGCUACGUCAGAAGUAUCCGGGUGAUAUCAGUCAUGAAGAGUUUUUUUCCGAUUCUGGUUCUGAUUCCGGUUCUGAUUCUGAAUAACUAUAGUGAAGAGGUUAUUGGAUUAGGUCGAGUUUUGAGUUAUGCAUGGUGUUUUGCUUAUUGAUUGAAAUGUUUAGUUGAAGUAGUAGUGAUUAUUAUUAGAAGCAAAUUUGUACCAAGUCUAAAUAUUUGACCAUAAAUGUUCCUUAUUGAACAACUUGAACUCUAAAAUGCA